CUCGCACCAAUGGUUCGCAUCGUGGAAGUCGUUGCGGCGCCUCGGAACGACCCUCGAAUGAUGAACCGUCCUAUCCAAGUGAAGCCGGCGGACAGUGAAAACCGCGGAGACAGAAAGCUGUUCGUGGGAAUGCUCAGCAAACAACAGACCGAAGACGAUGUCCGACAGUUGUUCGCUGCCUUCGGCACAAUAGAGGAGUGCACCAUCCUGCGAGGACCCGACGGUACCAGUAAAGGCUGCGCGUUUGUAAAGUUCUCGUCGCACCAAGAAGCACAAGCGGCGAUCAACUCCCUGCACGGUAGCCAAACUAUGCCGGGUGCCUCAUCCAGCUUAGUGGUAAAGUUUGCAGACACUGAGAAAGAGAGACAGCUAAGACGCAUGCAGCAAAUGGCUGGGAAUAUGAGUCUCCUUAACCCCUUCGUCUUCAACCAGUUCGGCGCGUACGGCGCGUACGCUCAGCAAGCGGCGCUUAUGGCCGCCGCGACUGCCCAGGGAACGUACAUCAAUCCGAUGGCGGCACUGGCUGCUGGACAACUGCCCCAUGCACUCAAUGGUACCGGUACAGGGCAGCCGGUGAACGGAGCGAUCCCGUCGUUACCCUCGCCGACGAUGCCCAACUUCAACAUGGCGGCGCAGACGCCGAACGGACAGCCAGCCGGCUCCGACCCCGGCGUCUACACGAACGGCAUCCCCCAGACCUACGCGGGACAUGCCCUCCAUUUGUCCAUUCCAGCCCAGGGCCUGCCCAACGGGGAGGCGGCACUCCAGCACGCCGCCGCGUAUCCUGGGAUGCAAGCCUACACUGGAGUCGCUUAUCCCGCCGUCUACGGCCAGUUCCCUCAAGCCAUUCCUCAGCCGAUGACAGCAGUUGCUCCCACGCCGAGAGAAGACAUCCGGAUGUACCCGAGAUGCUCUAUCUCAGGACCCGAGGGCUGCAACCUGUUCAUCUACCACCUACCCCAGGAGUUCGGCGACGCCGAGCUUAUGCAGAUGUUCCUGCCAUUUGGCAACGUCAUCUCCUCGAAGGUCUUCAUCGACCGAGCCACCAAUCAGAGCAAGUGCUUCGGUUUCGUGUCGUUCGACAAUCCGGCGAGCGCGCAGGCAGCGAUCCAGGCGAUGAACGGCUUCCAAAUAGGGAUGAAACGGUUAAAGGUUCAGCUUAAAAGGCCCAAGGAUGCAAACCGGCCGUACUAACCCACGUCCUAGCCUAGACAAACUGGUCGGGCCGCGCCCUACGUCAUUACCUACAGAGUGGUGUAUGACAACGCGAGCCCAUUGGACGCUCGACGAUCAGGAGUGACGAGUUCGAAUCACCGCUACAACGCUCUCCA